UUAACGUCCAUAACAGAUUUUGAAUUCCGUUCUACAUUUAUUUUGCCCCAUGGUUCCAUAUAUGUUAGGCCAUUAACACAUUUGCUUUUGAAUCAAGCUGUGUUUUCUAAGCACGAUCUGGAAAGAAUCUCAAACCCCUGAAGUUUGUGCCUGAUCAACUUGUCGACUGCAUAAUUUCCAUGGGAGACCAUGUUAAUCUUUUUCAUGGUUUUUGGUCUUAUGGUGAUCAAAUGAUCCAUGGUUGCUUUUCCAAGGUUGGUCUUGGACGGCUCAAGGGACUGGUUUCCUCCACUACUAUGAUAGUCUUCUUCUUCUUCAUCCUUUUCGCAUCUCGGCUCAAUUGGAUGGACAUUCCUAUUAUAAGGGGCUCUCAAUUUGGCCAGAUUAUUUUUUCGUCACGAAGUACUAAAAAACAUCAUGAGAGGAUUGAAUUUCCUCUCAACUGCUCCGAUUCAGGUUUGCCAAGAAAAUGCCCAGACAAUUAUCCCUCGGUAUUUGAGCCUGAUGAAUCAUCAAUAAAAACUUGCCCAGACUACUUCCGGUGGAUCCACCAAGAUUUACAGCAGUGGAAAAGUUCAGGAAUUACAAAAGAAAUGAUUGAAAGAGGAAAACCGAGUGCGCAUUUUAGACUUGUUAUUGUCAAGGGCAAGGCCUAUGUGGAGAAGUACAGCAAGCCUUAUCAAACAAGGGAUGCGUUUACGGUCUGGGGCAUUUUGCAGCUUCUGAGGUUGUACCCUGGAAAGAUACCAGACUUAGAUCUUUUGUUCUAUAGUGGAGACAAGACUAUGAUCAAGAAAAGAGACUACCAAGGACCUAAUGCUACAUCACCACCGCCUGUCUUUCAUUACUGUGGAGAGGAGGAGGCACUGGACAUUGUGUUCCCUGACUGGACCUUCUGGGGAUGGGCUGAGGUUAAUAUAAUGCCAUGGGAAGAGAUGUUGAAGGCAAUAAAGAAAGGGAACGAGAGGGUCAAGUGGGAAGAGAGGACACCUUAUGCCUACUGGAGGGGUAACCCAUAUGUUGCUGCAGAUAGGGUAGACUUUUUGAAGUGCAACCUCUCAGACAAAUACGACUGGAAUGUUCGGCUUUAUUCCCAGGAUUGGCGUAAAGAAAUUAAACAAGGGUUCAAGCAUUCUAAAUUGGAAGAUCAGUGCACCCAUAGAUACAAAAUUUAUAUAGAAGGAGCAACCUGGUCUGUAAGUGAGAAAUACAUACUAGCAUGCGAUAGCAUGACCUUGAUGAUAAAGCCUAAAUACUUCGAUUUCUUCUCGAGAAGCUUGGCGCCUUUGCAGCAUUACUGGCCCAUCAGCAGCAAAAGCAAAUGUAGUGAUCUUAAGUUUGCAGUUGAAUGGGGUAAUAAUCACACUGACAAGGCACAGGCCAUUGGGAAGGCAGGAAGCAAAUUAAUUGAACAGUUUCUGACAAUGAGAAAUGUAUAUGAUUACAUGUUUCAUUUGUUGAACGAAUACUCCAAACUCUUGAAGUUUAAACCAACAAUACCUUCAAAAGCCAAAAGGGUCUGCUCGGAAACCACAGCAUGCUCGGAGAAAGGUUUAUAUAAGGAGUUGAAGGUGAAGUCUAUGGUGAAGUCUCCUAGUGAGAAACUUCCAUGUGCAUUGCCUCCCCCAUAUGAACCUCAUGCCAUUCAAGCUUCUCUCGACACAAAAGAGAAAAUAACUAGGCAAGUGGAGACGUGGGAAACUGAAUAUUGGAACGAAUUAACUAACUGAUAAUUAAGAAGCAACAGAGACCUCU